AUGGAUGCUGCUCUCAUAUCAGAAGCUCCUUGUGCUACUCCACUGAUCUGUAGCUUUGGAAGGCCGGUGGACCUGGAGAAGGAUGACUACCAGAAGGUUAUAUGCAACAAUGAGCAUUGUCCUUACAGCACUUGGAUGCACCUUCAGUGCUUCUAUGAGUGGGAAAGCAGCAUCCUCGUCCAGUUCAAUUGCAUUGGCAGAGCCAGGAGCUGGAACGAAAAGCAGUGUCGCCAAAACAUGUGGACCAAGAAGGGAUAUGACCUGGCUUUUCGCUUUUGCUCCUGUCGGUGUGGGCAGGGUCAUUUAAAGAAGGACACUGACUGGUACCAGGUGAAGCGAAUGCAGGAUGAUAAGAAGAAGAAAUCAGUGUUGGAGAAGAGUACGGGAAGGUCUAUGGCAGAGUCAACAGAGGAGGCCAAAAAGGGCAGGCCGGCCAACAAGCCCCAGAAAGGCUUGAGUAAUGACCUCCAGCGAAGGCACUCGAUGGACAGGCAGAACUCCCAAGAGAAGGGUGUGAUGGGUGGCAGCUACGCCGUUCGUUCACCUUGUGUCUCUCCUGGCCAGUCCCCGCCCACUGGCUACUCUAUUCUUGCCCCCACACACUUCAGUGGGCCUCGUUCCUCGCGAUACUUGGGAGAGUUUUUGAAGAACGCCAUUCACCUGGAGCCCCAUAAGAAGAACAUGGCUGGUGGGGGCAUGUUCAGGAAUGCACAUUUUGAUUAUGGGGCAGCUGGCUUGCAAACACAUAGGUCAGGACACUUCGAUGCUCCUGUGCAGUUUUUGAGAAGGCUCGAUCUAUCUGAGCUGCUCACUCACAUCCCCAGGCAUAAAUUGAAUACUUUCCAUGUGCGGAUGGAAGAUGAUGCCCAGGUGGGCCAAGGGGAAGACCUUCGGAAGUUCAUCCUUGCUGCUCUCAGUGCCAGCCACAGGAACGUUGUAAACUGUGCUCUAUGCCACAGGGCGCUGCCAGUGUUUGAACAGUUUCCGCUGGUGGAUGGGACCCUAUUCCUUAGCCCAUCAAGACAUGAUGAGAUUGAAUAUGAUGUUCCCUGUCACCUUCAAGGAAGGCUUAUGCACCUCUAUGCUGUUUGUGUAGACUGCUUAGAAGGGGUUCACAAAAUUAUCUGCAUCAAGUGCAAGUCCCGAUGGGAUGGAAGCUGGCAUCAACUGGGAACUAUGUAUACCUACGAUAUUCUGGCAGCAUCUCCCUGUUGUCAGGCUCGACUGAACUGUAAGCACUGUGGGAAGCCAGUAAUAGAUGUAACCAAGGACAAACAUGUUGUAAGGCCACUGGUGAGAAAACCCCUCGAAAAUAUACUUGUCCAAAAGGUUCCUUGUUGAGACAUUCUUGGAUUGCACUUUUGCAGAUGGAAGAAUAUGUACAUAGCAAAUGAAUGUUGAUGAAAUUAAAAUAAUUGGUUAUGAUAUCAAUUACAUGUGUUGUUAGAGAAUAUUUUGUUGUGGCUUCUCUGUAUUAAAAAGUAAUAAAUACCAGACAGCUAA